GAUAAGAAUAUUCUCAAAAUAAGUGUUUAUUAAUUUAAUGAAUAAUUUGGACUCGAAUUUAACGGCCGAACUACUUUAAGGAGCAGUAAUUUCGAUAUCAAUGGCAAAAGAACACGAGAAGCGAUCGGUAACAGCGAGAUAAUAAUGAUUUACUGUACACUGUUGAGUUGUAGCAAAUGUGAAUGAAUGAAUAGCACGCGAAAAUCCAAUUUUCGUUAUGCGACGAAGAGCAAAGAGCCAAAGAGCGGGGCUCGAGCAAAAGGUGCGAAUUCCGGCGGCCAUGAGCUUCUCCGAGUGCAACUUUCACAUUGGAGAUUCGCACACGCACGGAGGGAAUAGGAAUCCGUGCAUUACAUCCAUAUACGAAGAAGGGAUAUUCUCAGAUAGUUGUUUGUCGAAUUUGCAUCGCGUCGAGGGAGAAGAGCGAAAGAAUGAAAGGAAAGGAAGGCGAAGAUAGAGAAAAAUGAAGAGAAAAGUGAGAGGGCGCGGGGGGGAUUGGAGGAGUUGGUAAGGCCCCGAGCGAGCUCGCGGCGUUAUACGCUUCUACCACGUUAUUUCGUGGGGGCUAUAAUUUGGGGGAGCGCCCGUCGAAGAGAAGGAAGAAGCAAGAAACAGAGGAAGAGAGCCGCGAACGCCGAUCGGUCGGGCCCCCUCCCUCUGGACGUUUCUCCAUAAUGGGCUAUUCUAAGGCCCACCGAAGCCUCGCGAGAGACCCGUCCGGAGAGGCGGGAAGAAUGGGCGGGAUAAUUACCCCUGAUGCCCACCGCUCGUUAUAUCUCAUGCCCAUCACUCUCUUCCUCUCUUUCUCCCUCCCUCUCCGUCCGUCUUCCUCUCCCGGUUUCUUUCUCCUCCUUUUCAUCAUUUAUACCACAUCGAAGCGCCCUCUUCGUCAUUUUCUUCGAUGCUUCUGAUCCCCCGUACUCGAUUCUUUCUUCUCUCUCUCGCGCGCGCGCGCGCGCUCGGUCUCGACGCUCCGGUCAGACGAUUUUGCUCUCCGCGUUGCCUCUUUCUCCAGCAUCUCUCUCCACAUCCACCUCGCAGCUUUCAUGCCGCUCGUUCAUUACAAUUGCUCGAAACACCUGAGAUUCUUUCUCUGCGCUGUAUUCGCGCCGGUUUGCUCGGAGCACGUCGCGAUGCAGAUACCGGCAUGCAAACCUCUCUGCCUGUCGGUCAGACGAGACUGCGAACCAGCUUUGACCAGCCUCACUCUACCCUGGCCGCACUUGCUCGACUGCGAUAGAUUUUCUGACAGUGGCAAUGCACUUUGCGUUCAACCGCCACCGGAAGAAAGCUUACCGGAAAUGAUACCGCCGCCGGCUCUACCGCCGAUUCGACAGCAGUGGCAAAUCCUCAAACCACUCCAACCGAGCAUCAAAGAAAAUCAACAUCAUCAAUGUCCUCCUCACUUCGUUCAAACGCCUUUCGUCGACACGGUUACCUGCGCACCCCGCUGCGGAGCUGACGCUUAUUAUCGUGGCGAGGAUAAGAAAUUCGCGGUUCGUUGGAUGAACGGUUGGGCAUGGUUGUGCUUUCUCUCGACUCUCUUCACACUUCUCACGUUCUGGGUCGAACCUUCGCGAUUUCGUUAUCCCGAAAGACCGAUCGUUUUUCUCGCUCUGUGCUACAACCUCGUCUCCAUUCUUUUCAUCGUACGAGGCGCAAUUGGUCCGGAGAAUUUGAGCUGCGUGGGUCAGAUCGAGGGACCAUCGUAUGUACCGGUCCAUGACGGACUGAGGAGUAUUCCCUGCGCCAUGUGGUGGCUGAUGAAGCAUUAUUUGAGCCUUGCCAGCAGUAUGUGGUGGACCAUUCUUUGCGGAUGCUGGCUCCUGAGCGCGAGGAACGAAUGGAGCAGCGAAGCUCUUCACAAUAUUGCCGCGUACCUUCAUGCAAUAGCUUGGGGCCUGCCGAUAUUAUUGACCGGAGGUACUCUGUUAUCGCGAAGUGUUUCAGCGGACGAGUUGACCGGUCUUUGCCAAGUUUCGGACGAGUCUGCGAUAUGGUUGGAGGUUUUGCCCCACGGAGUGCUGUUAUUACUGGGCUGCGUACUCGGGAGCAUAGCUGGUAGCGCGUUAAUAAGAGUGAGGCGAGCAGUGAGAGCAGCUGGUCGGAGUGCAACGAAGCUCGAAAGACUGAUGACUCGUUUAGGAAUAUUUGCUCUUCUCUACGCGCUCCCCGCGUUCGGCGGUCUCGCUUGCGCCCUCCACGAAGCCUCGGUGCGACCGAGGUGGCGAACCCUCGCACUUUUGGCUGCUCUCGAUUGUCGGGCGGCUCAAAACUGCGUGCCAGGGCCUGUUUAUCGCGCUUCUGGACUCGAGAUCGCCCUCUUGAGGCUCUUCCUGUCGCUGGUUGUCGGGGUUACUUCCGGCAUGUGGGUAUGGUCCGGGAAAACUUGCCGCGCGUGGAGUCGACUCCUCGCCGCCCCGAGCAAACCGCCGAGACCACCGCUCCCAGGACAACACAUCAAUGCCCACAAUAUGUUCCAAAACUACAAACCCGAGGCGGCGAACAUCGCUUAAUUUACCGAUCUCUGAUGACAAUUGUUCUUCGAUUAAUGAUGACGCAGUUUACGCGUCACCGCAGUGCGACUGCAGUGCAAAAGAACUUCCGGUGAACCUACGCAAAGUGCGCGCAGCGCUCUUUGCCGGUGACCGCCAUUAAUAUGGCGAAAAAUAUUCCAAGGACCGUGUGUAAAUACAUGAAUACUUCUCCUAUAUUUUGUAAAUAUUGUACAUUUUUUUCAUUUACGCGGAGAGUCAGCAUUUGUGUGACGCAAAAAAAGGACUAUUUCGAAUUUGACUGUUUCGCGUCGUUUAGAUUAAGGACUAACUUUUAAGGUGUACAUAAACAAUGUGUGUUAUUAAGCUUUGUGUUUUUCAAAUACAACGGUUUAUAGAAACAUUU